AUGAGUCCUGGCCGCAACAAUUUCGUUCCGCAUCCGAUCCGAGUGUCACAGCUAAACCAUUACCGGAUAGACAAUCCUGUACCGACUGUGCCAAAACAUAAGCCAAAGCGGGUGACCUUCAGGGAAGUGAUCCGGGAAACGUUCUACGAUUAUGCUGAAAUGACGAAAGUUAACGGAAUGUACUACCUACAGCGGAACGUAACCUCCGGCAUCCCGAGACUGUUGUGGAUUGUUUUGCUGGCAACAUCUCUGUGCCUCGGUGUAGUGCUAGUGUUUUUACUAUGGAAAAAAUACGUCGAUUCACCGACUCGGAUGACCGUUGCCCCGGAAAUGGCUGUACUGCAGGUUCCGUUUCCUGCGGUUACAAUUUGCCACCCGCAAAGUGUAAUGGACUACAGGGCGGAAAAGCUUGUCGAUAAACUCAAACUUCCACUGGGGGCCACGCGGGAAACGGUCCUUGAGUCGCUACCUGCCUUGGGAUACUUUAACGAGCACCAAUGGAGCUUUCCUCGGAUGCAGAAUUUGCAGCUGAUCGACAAUCUUCUGAUAAUGAACAAUCUUACCGUUGAGGAGGCAAUCCAGGAACUAGGAAUGACAUGUAAAGACCUCAUUGUUGUUUGCUACUGGGCAAGGAAACGAUUUCCCUGCUUUGGUAAUGAUACGUUUCUGAACUGGACGGAUUCUACCAGCCACUAUGGUGCUUGCUGUUCUUUCAACUAUCAUCCAAUCGUUCAAAAAUCGAUGAUUCCGUUUGCGGUCAACACCUAUGGCAUUCACGGUGGUUUGAGCGUUAUUGGAACCGGGUUUCCGGAAGCCUCUGACGGAAAAUCCGGUGCUCUCUAUUCGGAAGGACUUAUGUUAAUGAUCCAUCAUCCACACGACUUCGCAGUGGAAGGAGCACCGCUAACACUUCUUGGGCUAGGUUCGGAAACAUUCAUCAGUGUAUCUCCAACGGACUCACGGUGUUCUGAGCAGGUUAUGCUACUGCCUCAGACUCAACGUUCCUGCAUCAUAGGAAAGGACUUUCCUACACCUAUUGAAAACUAUCGCCAGCCUACCUGCAUGUUGGAAUGCUUGCGGGACGAAAUUCAUAGAAAGUGUGGAUGUCAUCCAUACCAUCUCCCUAGCCAAUCGCAAAUCCCUGGUAGAACUAAACAAAUUCGGAAGUGUGCCGUGGAAGAUUCGAUGUGCCUUAUUGACAAUUACUAUAUGUUUCAAAGAAUCCAGUGCGACUGUCUUCCAGCUUGCGGUGACGUAACAUACAAAACAUCUUCAGUGGUAUCGGAUUUCGCCGCUCAUAAAUUUUCAAUGAACAAAUUCUACUCGGAAACAAACCUGACGAAAUCUGAAUUCAUUUUUCACGUGUAUCUGAAUAAUCAACUGGUUCCGGCUAACAGACGUGUUGUGGUAGUUUCCUGGAUAUCACUUUUAGCCAAUCUCGGAGGCGUGUUUAGCUUAUGCUUGGGAAUGAGCGUACUUUCGUUGUUUGAGAUAUUUUUCUAUGUUUUCUUUCGGUUCUACAGAAUCUUUCAGAAACUUAAAUCCGAAAAGGAAGGAGUCAUCUUUGUAACUUCCAUCACAGAGCAGCAGUUUCAUGAGAAAAGGAUGAAGCAAUUCGGAUAA